AUGUUUUUCUCUGGUUUUCUCUCCGUACAGCAACACGUGUUCAGGACUCUGGAAAACGAUCCUCUGUUCGCCCGUCAGCCUGGAGAAGACGUUCCUAUAGAGAAGAAGAGAGAACUCAAUUUUCUCAGGGUGAAGCAGCUGUUUCGCUACAACUUCCUGACUGAGGAGGAAAUGAUGUCGGAUCCAUGGAAGGCGGUGAUACUGGAGGACUGUCUGGGGAUGUACGACUGGGCCAUGGUGGCCAAGUACGGCCUGAACAAAGGGAUGUUUGGAGGAACCAUCUCCAGCUCAGGCUCCCAGAGACACAGCAAAUAUGUUAAAGACACGGCUGACAUGUCGACUUUCGGCUGUUUCGCUCUGACCGAGCUGAGCCACGGCAGCAACACCCGCGCCAUGAGAACCACCGCCGUGUUUGAGGCUGCGUCUCAGGAGUUUAUCAUCAAUUCUCCGGAUUUUGAGGCGGCAAAGUUCUGGGUUGGAAACAUGGGGAAGACGGCCACCCACGCUGUGGUUUACGCUCAGCUCUACACACCUGACCAGGUGUGCCACGGCCUGCACUCUUUCAUCGUCCCGAUAAGGGAUCCUAAAACCCUCCUGGCUCUGCCUGGAGUCCUGGUGGGAGACAUGGGGAAGAAGCUGGGCCAGAACGGACUGGAUAACGGGUUUGCAAUGUUUUCCAACGUGAGAAUCCCAAGAGAAAACCUGCUGAACCGGACCGGAGACGUUACCCCCGACGGCCGCUAUGUGACGCCAUAUAAGGAUCCUAACAAGCGGUUCGGAGCGUCUCUGGGGGCCCUAUCAGGAGGUCGCGUCUACAUAACCAGGAUGGCCCUCACCAACCUGAAGCUUGCCGUUACCGUGGCGAUCCGCUUCUCAGCCACCAGGAAGCAGUUUGGGCCCAGUGAGGCUGUAGAGCUGCCGGUUCUGGAAUACCAGCUACAGCAGUGGCGCCUGAUCCCGUACCUGGCUGCAGCCUACGCCCUCGAACACUUCACCAAAACCAUCUUCAUGAACUUUGUGGAGUUCCAGAUGGGCCAGCUAAUGAGGGACAGCAGCGACAGACAGGCGGAGAUGGGGAGAGAGAUCCACGCCGUGGGAUGUUCCAGCAAACCUCUGGGAUCCUGGACGGCUCAGAGGGGCAUCCAGGAGUGCAGGGAGGCCUGCGGGGGACACGGAUACCUGGCCAUGAACCGGCUGGGAGAUCUGCGCGACGACAACGACCCGAACUGCACCUAUGAAGGAGACAACAACGUGUUGCUGCAACAGACCAGCAACUACCUGCUCAGCCUGUUCAACGCCAAGCUGCAGCACGGAGCGCGGAUCCAGUCCCCGUUUCACACCGUGGACUUCCUGGAUGAUCACCUGAAGGUCCUGCAGAGCAGGUUCUCAGCUGAGACCGUGGAGGACUGUCUGAACCCUGAAGUUCCUUUGGCUGCCUAUAGGUGGCUGAUCUGCUUCCUGCUGGAGGAGAGUCAGAGGAGGCUGGAGCAACAGAGAGCUUCAUGCAACCAUGAGUUUGAGGCGCGGAACAACAGCCAGGUUUACUACUGCAGGUCUUUGGCCAUCAGCUACAUCCAGCACUGCUGCCUGCAGAGGUUCUAUGAGCAGACCAGUGACCAGGACACCCCCACUGGUCUCAGACCAGUGCUGAGGAAGCUGUGCGCCCUCUACGGACUGUGGAGCCUCAGCGACCACAUGGCCACCUUGUUCCAGGGAAACUAUCUGACUGGGAGGAAACCUGCAGAGUUGCUUCAGCUCAGCGUCCUCCGACUCUGCUCAGAGCUAAAGGAUGAUGCUGUGGCUUUAGUCGACGUUUUGGCGCCAACAGAUUUCAUCCUGAACUCGCCCAUCGCCAACGCCGACGGAGAGGUAAAGAAACCAAACCUUCACCGUUCAUUUGCUGGAAAAACAGGAGGUUCUGAAAUAACUUGAUGAGAUGUUAGCAUGCUAACUGGCUAUGUAGCUGUUUCUGACGACCUCACAGUGUCGGUGUU